GGGCUUUGGUUCGGUCCGGUCGGAACGGACGACAUUAUCAAGAAAGAGAAGAGUAGCAAUUAGUCUAUGAUAGAUUUAUAGCUUCUGCGACUGGCCUCCUGCAAUGGCAAAGUGAAGGUCGAGUAUUUUUUGGCGGCAAAAUAUGGUGGUCGAAGGGGUGUCUGCUCACUUUAUUGGAAGAGAAGUUGCUCCAUUUCGUUCGAAAUGGGGGGCUUUAAAGAGAACACAUUUACAGUCUCAGCUUUUCUUUUCAACAAUUCGAGCUUCUCAGUCCAUGGAGGACAAGAAUAAGGUCUACAAAGAACUGGGUCUGUUUUCAUUACGGAAGAAGAUUGAAGAUGCAGUUUCCCGUGCUGAGAUGUUGGCACCAACAGCAUUGGAAUUAGAAGAAGCAAGACGAAUGAAGCAGGAAGAACUAAUUCGUGAGGAAAAUCUUUGGGAGGACCUAGCUAAAUCAAAUGAAAUUCUUAUAGAGUUGGCUGAUAGUACCAGAGUAGUUGAUGCUCUCAAAGACCUUCGAUAUAAGGCUGAAGAAGCAAAACUUAUCACACAGCUAGCCGAGAUGGAUGUUAUAAAUUAUAGGCUUUUUAAGCAAGCCUAUAAUGCCUCUGUGGAUGUGAGCAAGUUCUUGGAUCAGUAUGAGAUGUCCAAACUUCUUAGUGGCCCAUAUGACAUGGAGGGGGCUUGUGUAAUUAUUCAAGCUGCAUCUAAAGGUGUUUACCCUGAGAUGUGGGCAGAGCAACUUCUCAGCAUGUAUAUGAAAUGGGCUGAAAAGCAAGGUUACAAAGGGAGAGUAGUUGAGAAAUGCUCUUCUAAAGGUGGUGGUAUAAAAUCAGCAAUAGUUGAGUUUGAAUCUGAAUAUGUUUAUGGCUAUCUUUCUGGAGAGAGAGGAGUGCACUGUAUGGUCAGAAGUUCUCAAGAUGGAUCCAUUUUUCAUGAGACUAGCUUGGCUACUGUGGAUGUUAUUCCUCUGUUCCUUGCAACAGCUUCUGAUCUACAAGUUGAUGAUCAAGAUUUGGUGAUAUCAUCCCUAUCACCUAGAGGAAAAGAGCAGAUUAAUUCUGAAGCUGAACCUGCUGUUAGUAUUCAGCAUAUUCCAAGUGGCAUCAAAGUGCAAUCAUCAGGUGAAAGGAGCUUCUUUGCAAAUAAGAUCAAGGCCCUUAACCGUUUGAAGGCCAAGCUUCUUGUGACUGCACUGGAACAAGGAGUCACCAAUGUAAAGAAUAUCAAGAGAGAUGCAAUUGCUAAUAUGUUGCAUCAGGAGAUCCGGAGAUAUAUUUUUCAUCCAUAUAAGUUGGUAAAAGAUGUUAAAACUGGUAUUGAAUUGCCUGACUUGAAUUCUGUUCUGGAUGGUAAUAUUGAACCUUUUAUUAGUGCCCACAUCAGUGUUAAGACUGGCAAGUAGUUCAGUCUGAAAUGAAUUAUUAUUGGCCUUAGAAACAAGCAUUGCUCAGUUAUAUUUUCUUUGAUUUUUUUUUUUAAUUCAAACCAACAUACUUCGGUUCUCUA